CGGCCGUGUCCAUCGACCGCUUCGACCGCGACAACCUGCGCGCGCGCGCCUUCUUCCUGUCGCACUGCCACAAGGAUCACAUGAAGGGGCUGCGGGGGACCACUCUGAAGAGGAGGCUGGAGGGCAGGUAGAAGUAGAGGAGAUGGAGCCAGACUUUUCAUGGAAGUGCAUAAAGAAAAGGCAAGGGACACCUUUUUCACCGUGAGGAUGAUCAAAUGUGGCAAUGGGCCCAGGGAGGUUGUGGACCAUUUCCUAGGCUCUCUUUGAUUUAUUAGACUUGAAAGUUAAACUAUACUGCUCACCAGUUACUAAGGAAUUGUUGUUGACUAACUGGAAAUACAAGUUUUGGGAGAAUCAUAUUGUUGCAUUGGAAGUUGAAACUCCAACUCAGAUUUCUUUGGAAGAUGAAAUAUCUGGUGAGAAAGAAGAUGUAGUGGUGACACUUCUGCCAGCUGGUCACUGUCCAGGUUCAGUCAUGUUUCUGUUUGAAGGUGAGAAUGGCACUGUGUUGUACACCGGGGAUUUCAGGCUUGCAAAAGGAGAAGCAGCCAGAAUGGAGCUUUUGCAUUCAGGGACCAGGGUAAAAGACAUCCAGAGUGUGUAUUUGGACACUACUUUUUGUGAUCCCAAAUUUUAUCACAUACCAAGCCGGGAGGAAUGUUUAAAUGGGAUCUUGGAGUUAGUGCGAAGCUGGACCUCACUGUCUCGUAGUCAUGUUGUGUGGCUGAACUGCAAAGCUGCUUAUGGAUAUGAAUAUUUAUUCAUAAACCUCAGUGAGGAACUCGGAAUCAAGGUGCACAUGAACAAACUUGAUAUGUUCAGGAACAUGCCAGAAAUCCUGUGUCAUGUGACCACAGACCAGCACACGCAGAUUCAUGCCUGUCGACAUCCUCGGGAUGAUGACUGCUUCCGAGGGAACAGACUGCCCUGUGGGAUGACUUGCCUCAAUGGAUCUCCCCUGCACAUAAUCAGCAUCAAACCCUCCACAAUGUGGUUUGGGGAAAGGAAAAAGAAAACAAAUGUGAUAGUGAGGACUGGGGAGAGAACAUACAGAGCUUGUUUCUCUUUCCACUCUUCAUACAGCGAGAUCAAGGAUUUCCUGAGCUAUAUCUGUCCUGUGAAUGUGUAUCCCAAUGUACUGCCUGUGGGUGGGACAGAGGACACAGUUAUGGAGAUAUUAAAGCCAUUAUGCAGGUCAUACAGGAGAAUCAUGGAACCCAGGUACAAGCCCUUAGGAACACUGAAGAGAGCCCACAAGAGAGAAUUAUCAGAUACAGAUGAAGAUGAUCUCUUUGAUUCAGAGUUAAUUUCUACAGGGCCUAAGAUUCCAAAACAGCAGAGACGAGAGAGCAGGCCCUCCAGCACAGGACAGUCUGAAAAUUCUGAAGGAAAGAUUAAUGAAAGCACAGAAAGUUACACAACUUACACCUCCCUCAAGGUAGACUUCAUGGAUUGUGAGGAAUCAAAUGAUGAUGAUGAUGAAGAUGACGAAGAAGAAUCUGAAAAAAAUACAGUUCAAUUUCUUUCCCAUGAGCCAGAUGCCAGUUCCACAGCCAAUUUCAAUGGAGUAAGUAGUGGCCAUCAGUCUAAUGCCAAUGUCCCCUGCUGGGAUGAAUUUUUUAUGGGUAAUAAACUAGAGGAAAGCUCUGAAAAUGAGGACAACAUCCCAUCUUCAGCAGAUGCUGGGGGGUCCCAGUCACUCUUCAGCGAUUCAGAUGGAGUAAGUGACUCAACACACAUCUCCUCCCAAAAUUCUUCUCAAUCAACACACAUAUCAGAGCAGGGGAGCCAGGGCUGGGAUAGCCAAAUGGAUACAGUGCUCAUCACCUCCCAGGAGAGAAGUGCCCUGGACCUCAGCAAAGGUGGGAGCAGAGCAGUGGUUCCUGUGCUGCAGGAGAGUCCUAAGGACACUCAGCUGGACAGCAGCAGGGGGAAGCCACCAGGUCAGAACAGACCUUGUGCCCGUGAUGGUGCCUGUGGCUUGAAAAGCAAAGACUGUGAGAAAGCUGCAGAAGAUGGUGCUGCCCAUGUUCACGAAGUGCUGGUGGAAAUAAGUGACAGAUGCAGGACUCCUGAUCUAGAGCUGAGGAAGGACUCCCAGAGUUCCUCUGACUUUGAAAUUCCCUUGACUCCUGAUGCUGAAGCACCUCAGCCAGAUAAACUGCACCAUUUAUACAGGAAGCUUGCAGCAGGUGAAAACAUAAUCAGUGAGAAAAAAGUCUCCUGAGAAUGGGUAUAACCAAUUACCUUGUGGUAAUACUCAGCUUAUCUAUUGAUGCCUGAAUUAUUUUUCUCUUUCCUGUGGGUUACUGUCUGCAGCUAUGCUGAGUCACACUUUAUUCAGACUGUCAGGACUAGGUAUUUGCAGCCUGUGUUUAUUGUUCCUUCCAUGAAAUACUGAAAGGGAAGUAUUCAAAAAGUAUUCCCAGGAGGGACAGUGAAAGCAUUUUACCUCCCAAAGUUCAAUUCUCC